CGUCUGUAUGUAUGCAGUUCUUCUGUCAAAGUACAGGUUACACCAUUAUUUUGAUGGAUAUUUCUCUGAUUUACUAUUAAAGUUUCUUUAAGCUAAAGUACCAAUAUCGCAUUAAAUUCUAGCUUCCUUCGUAAGACAAUGGACUAACAAAAGAUUCGUUGUUGAUCAGUUGUGUGCUGUGCCUUUUUAAGAAUGAGUGCCAAAGGCACUACGAUAUUACAAGUGAUGGUUGACGACAUCGAGUCUGACUUAUCGGAGGACGAAGCACCUCAUUUGGAACAAGAUGCAGAGAGUUCGGACGAUCCAGAAAAAGAGAUGUACAAAAAUCUCACCGAAGAGCAAUUGCGUCGAGCGCGAGAGCACAACGAGUGUUUUAUAUGUAACAAACGGCUCGGAAGCUUUUCGAGUUUUCGGAAGCAUGUCGCUGGGCACACCGAUGUCAAGAGAUUCGUAUGUGAACUGUGCUCAAAAGCGUUCGCAAAGUUGACGUAUUUAAAGGCUCAUUUAACGAUUCACAAUGACAAUCGGAUCUUCACUUGUGAGAUUUGCUCGCAGAAUUUUGCAACGAAGUCGAGCAUUCGUGGACAUAUGAGGAUUCAUUCAGGUGACAAGCCGUACAAGUGUGAUGUCUGCGGUCGUGCCUUUACCGAAUCGUCGACCCGACGCAAACACCGUUUGACCCAUUUCGCCGAAAAAAGGAAACAAUGUCCGUCGAACUCAUCUUACACUUGCGAAUAUUGUGGUAAAGUGCUGAACAGUCAAUACUCAUUCAGGAGGCACUUAAGAAUCCACACGGGUGAUAAGGCUGUCGAGCAGCGGCAACAGUGCCCUAUUUGCAACAAACACGUCAAGUGUCUCAGGGUACACAUCAAAUAUCACGAGAAAAGCCGGGACGUGAAAUGCGACCUGUGCGAUGCAAUGUUCAAAGAUGCGCACAGUCUAAAGAAGCACCGCGUGAAGCAUACCGGCGAGAAACUUUACUCUUGUGAAGUUUGCGAGAGGAAGUUCGCUUCGUCGUCGAAUUUGGCGAGCCAUCGAAGGAUUCAUACGGGCGAGAAGAGGCACGUUUGUGACGUCUGCGAUCGUCCAUUCACCUUAAGUUCAACGUUGAGAAAACAUAGGGCUACGCAUGGCAAUCCGGACGGCAGCAAAAGCGAAAAGAGUUUCAAAUGUCCAGUAUGCGCCAAAGAAUUUGGCAUGAACUACUUGCUGCAAACUCAUGUUAAAACUCACACAGGGGACAGACCAAAGGAUCACAUUUGCGAUCGGUGUUCGAAAGCCUUUCAUCAUCGAUCGUCACUAUCGAAACACAGGAAACGUCCCUGCUUUCAAGAGAAAACUGUUUUUCAAUGUGACUUAUGCGCUAAGGAAUUCAAGGCAAACUAUAGGCUCACGCGUCACUUGGAACAACACGCACGCAUUCUGCAAAUGCAAGGCGACGAAGAAGGAAGUUGUAAAUUCUGUGGAAAGAUGUUCACCACAUCACACGGUCUUAGCGUUCACUUAAGCCAGCAUAUUGACGCAAAGGAAUCGAAGACAUUCCAGUGCGAGAUCUGCGCGCACAAAUACGCUAGCGAAGGGAAUCUGAAAAAACACUUCAUCAAGGCACACGGUGACAGUCUGUUGGAGUGUGAUAUUUGUCAGGCGAAAUCGUUUACCAGCCGUGAGAAACUGGACGCACAUCGAGCCAAGCAUUUUGCCGAAGGCGUGGAUGAUGUUGGACCGUCUGGACAAGCUAUUGAAAUAGAUUUGACAUCGGUGAAGGAAGACGAUAAUGUGCCGACGAAUUUAUCGCUGUAUUCUGCGUACGCCGAUGCUGUUUCGAAAUUCUAUCGAAGUUUUUAGUGAACAGGAUCCGGUUGAUUGUGUUUCGUACGAAUUGAUUGCUUGAAAUAAAAUUCGGAAUUCGGUUUUCGAA